AUGAAUGGAGAAUUGGAAGGGACAGAUAUUACUGAAACCAUAAAAAAGGAUGACCAUAAGCUGGCCUACUCUGAACAUUCUGAAGCUUGCCAGUCAGAACCUAUUGUACACUCGGUAAGAGAAAAGACACAUGAAUGCACUAUAUGUGGCAAAUAUUUUGCCAAAAAAUCCCAUCUUCAGUCUCAUAGGCGAGUUCACUCUGGAAUAAGACCAUUUGCCUGUCUGGACUGUGGAAAGCGCUUUACCAGUAACUCUACUCUUGUGGACCACCAGAGGAUUCAUACAGGAGAAAAGCCAUUUGUCUGUUCAGAAUGUGGAAGGAGCUUUACCAAGAACUCUAACCUCAUUGAUCAUCAGCGUACUCACACAGGAGAAAGGCCUUUUGCCUGUACAGCCUGUGGGAAAUGCUUUGCUAGGAGCUCCAACCUAGUAGAGCAUCAUAAGACUCACACAGGAGAAAAGUCCUUUGUGUGCUCUGAAUGUGGGAAAGGCUUUUCCAGAAGCUCAACUCUUGCAGAGCACCAGAAGACGCACACAAGAGGAGAGACCUAUAUCUGCUCAGAAUGUGGCCAGUGCUUCACUAAGAACUCCAGUCUUAUUAGACACCAGAGUAUUCACACUGGUCAGAAGCCAUAUAUAUGUACAGUAUGUGGAAAAGGAUUCUCUAGUAGCUCCAAUCUGGUGAGACAUCAUAUCACACAUACAGGAGAAAAACCAUUUGAAUGCCCUAUAUGUGGCAGGACUUUUAACCAGAACUCCAAUCUUAUUUCCCACCAGAAAACACACAGAGUCAAGACUUUUGAAACAUAUUUGUUGAUCACAGACAUAUUCUCUUCUUUCUCCUUAGUGGUGCGGCACAGUGAACUACACGCAAAAAUGUAA